GGGGGAGAGCAUUGGCGAGCGAGAGCGCGCCUGCCCAUCCAUCCGAGCCCAGCCACGCACCGCCGGCCUCUGCUCAAAGAAGGAAGAUGAUAAAAACGAUGCGCUUUUUCCACAGCAGUCCUAUCAAGCAGAGUCCCAGCAAUAAAGAUCUCAGGAGGGGAAGCGAGACCACACCAAGGCCCUCCACGUCCUCCGAAUCGGAACCUGACACCGCGUCGAUUGAAUCCUCGGCAGACGAGACUCAGCCCAAAGGCAACAUGAUAACUCACAUCCAGAGAGAGGCUCCGGGCCUGCCAAACUCUCCCUCAGAAAUCGGUGGGAAGGGAACCUCAGGCCCUGAGCCGAACAAACAUAAAGGAAUUAAAGGCAAAAUAAUCAAUGCCUUGUCUCCCAUUUCAGUUGGAAAAGCUAAAAUAAAAUACAAGAAGAAGAACAGUAAACAGGAAGAAAGCAAGCCCAUCACAGUCGACCAGAUCAGAGAGCUCAUUCGCGAGAAACAGUUAUUUGAAGCCGGCCAGCAUCUCCUCAUGAUGGAGAAAGAGUCUUCUGAUGAGCAGAGCGAAGAAGGAAAAGGGGCGGAUCGGCGUGAGAUCGAAGCGGUCUAUGGUCUUUUGAAGCACGAGGCCCUCCGCAUCGUAAAGACUUCUGUCAGAAUAGCGCCCACGAAUCCGGAAUUACUUCAGAACACUGUGAGAGCCAUCACGGAACAAGUGAAGGAAGAUGAGAGAACCGCGUUAGAAGAGGCAUCGGGGAAAAGUUUGAGUGCCCGGCCCAGGCAAUGGAAGGAAGAUUGGAAGAGGACAAUCCAGGAGUCCGUUGCCGAGCGCAUGCAGGUGCCUCCCUUCGAUGGUGUCGAAGGCCUCUCUGCGACGGCUCACAGCUUCCUGCACAUGGGGAAGGCGAUGAAGGACGAUCUCAUCACGGUGGUGCAGCACGUCAAGCCCCAUUACUCCAGUGACUUCCAAGUCUGCUGCGUUUACGCCGAGUGUUACUACCGGUGUUUCUCUUCCCAGCUGGAGGCGAUUGCUCAGUUUGAACUGGGCAGCAGGGACAAUGCCCUCCUCCUCACCUGGGUGCAGAACAUUUAUCCAAAUGAAAUAAAAAAGCAUCCUGUCUUGGAGAAAGAGCUGGAAGAAGCCAGCCUAGGAAGCCUUUUGCCAUUAGAACAGAUCAAACCUCUCGAAGAGUCUUACUUAAUUAACGAGUCGGAAUCUCUUAAGCGCUGCCUGGCCAGAUGUUUGCAAAUGGAAGUCACAAGGUGGAGACAGGGCAGGGAACCUGAGAAGUUGGAUGGGCAUUUUCACAGUGAACUGUCAAUCGACGCCAUUCAGGCUGUGUACGGAGGACAAAAGCGAGCAAAAGACAUCACGCCGGACCUGGGCAGGCAAAUCGCACCAUUGCUUCUGGUGGAGCUCUUGACCUUCCUGCAAAGUUACAAGAAGGAACUGGAACGCUUCAUUAAGGAGAACAAACAGCACCAGUAUUUCGAGGCGACAGUCAUUGGGAAUAUCAACAACUGCCUGAGUUUUCGAAUCCACACUGAAGAAAACACGAUGCCGGGUCAGGAUGAUGUCAAACAACAGAUUUUUACUGUACUUAAUGAAAUUCAAGACGCAGGAUUCAGCGUGCUCCUUCAAGGCCUGUUUCAAGAGCUGCAGGCUCUUUUUAAAAAGUUUACCCAGAAGACGUGGCUCUCCAGCACUGGCAUUAUGAACGAAAUCAUCGCCUGCACCAGCGUCCACAUGUCCACGCUCCAGACCCUUAAAGAGCCUUUUCGACAGGCCAUCAUGGAGAAGAUUCACCUUCACUUGGUCCGAGAACACAUUGCCAGGCUCGUAAAGAAGAAAGUCAGCCUGAAGUCUGCAGAGCAGCAAAGCAAUUUGGCAAAGGCCAUCCAAAGCAAUGCCUCAGUUCUGCGCACUUUCUGCACGGAAAAUGGAUCCAGUGCCACAUGGCUAGACCCUGUCCUCCCAAGCCUGGCUGAAAUCAUCAAGCUUCAAGAUACGAACGCCAUCAUGGUCGAAGUUGGUGGACUGGCCAGUAGAUAUCCCGAUAUCAGCAAGAAGCACCUGGCGGCCAUCUUGUACUUCAAGGGCAACUUAUCCAGCAGUGACACCAAAGGCAUCCUGAGCGUGUUGGACAUCCAUUUAAACUCAACGCUCCCUCCCACAUCCUUGUUCCUAGGCUUGGGCUAGACACGCUUCUGUACCACGGACCUAAUGAACAAUGUUGCAGUUCAGGGAGCAACUGCACAAGCACUUAGUUCCAAACACAACUCGGGGGGGUUCUUUCACGUUGCCCCGGUUUUUUAGGGGGGCGAGGGUGCUUGCCCUUUAAUGCCCCUAGGAAAAAAGCUGGGAUGGAACUGAGCUUUUGUGGUUCAUUGCCUGAAACAGCAGAUUCAAGAGUUCCAUCAGCUUCCUGGCAGGUCUGGAACAUUUCCUCUACUGCCUCAGUUUUCCCAUCUAAGAAAUGGACACAAAUCCUUCAGAUCAGUGGUACAGAUAUGAUGUGAUAAGAUGUUUUCAUUGCUGUGUGGUUUGUUAAAGCACUUUCAGGAGAACCUCAAGGUCUGCAAUAAGACCUCUCCUUUGGAGAGGGAAUUUGUUUGAAUUGGCGGGGAAAUUGCAGAGGCACAAGAAUAGCACUUCUCGAUGCACGCUUGUUGAGCUUUUCGAGCAGAAAUCUUCUGGGGCUUCUUCCUCGGGAGACAAGCUCUCCUGAACUAUAGGCAAGCGGCCGUGAAAAGAUGGUGUGAUCGACGUCAUGAGUUACUGUGUUGGGUUCAUAUCCCCAGCCAUGGAAUUCGCUGGGUGAUCUCUGGCCAGUCUCUCAGCCUAACCCACCUCACAGGGUUGGUGUGAGGACCAUCAGUGGGAUCAGCUUUCUUGAGCUGCUUGAAGCAAAAGGAGCAUACCGCUGUUAAUAAUACUGUCAGUGUCUCUCUAAAACAGUUUCAAAAUAUGAGCAUGCCUCUGUACACCAGGGUGGGUAGGGGUUAGAGCGUUAGGCUGGGAUUUUAGGAAACUGAGGUUCGAAUCCGCACUCUUCGUGGAAGCUUACUGAGUGACCCUGGACCAAUCAGACAUUCUUUGCCUAACCUGCCCUUGUGAGUAUGAAACGGAGGGGAGGAGAACAAUUAGUCCCCUUUGGGAAGAGAGGUGUGGUACAAAGGAUGUUAGUAAAUAAUCCUGUAUUUAAGUUUCUGCUUUUCAGAUCAGGGCAGUGUUUCGAUACCCGUUUGUACGGUUGUUUUGUAGUUCCAAGUUAUUGUUAUGAGUCUUCUCCAGGAGUUCUUCUGGAGAAGCGGCGUAAAUA